AUGCUCGACGUCGCAUCGUACCUUUUGGUUGAUCCGUUGCUAACGCUUUUGUCCGAUGUGAUUGUCUCAAAAGUGAAUGCAGAUACGUUAGUACUCGCAUACCACAGGGCAGGGGGAAAUACUGAGGUUAUUGCGCGACAGACAUUUGAAUAUCGACAGAAAUGCAGAAAAGUUGAUGGUACAGAAAUGGAUCGAGGUUUGAAGUCUUCCAUUAGAUGCCUAUAUGGUGAACAGUCGGAGAGGAGUAACGUAUCGGAGACUGAGGACUCCGAAGGGAGAUGA